CUUGCUGCGACGCAAUGGCGGGACCACGCGCGAGCGCAGGCUUUGCUGAAAGCGUGUAGUCGGCUUUUUGAGUCCGGCUUAGGCUGGAUGGAUGGCGUAGCUGUGAGAGCGGGAUCUCAAGGUGGUGCUAAUGGUCAUCAAAACUCCACAACAGUUGGAGGCAACAAAAUUACAACAGGAGCGAAAGAGCUACAGCUACCGUCAUCUCCGAACAAAAACACUGCCCG